AUGAUUCCACAAUCCGCCUUUGUCAGGUAAGAACGAAGAAAAAAAGGUUAUGACAUGACUGAAUCCACAUAUUCUUGCCGUUUUCUUGGCUUUAUCCUGUACAAAGUUGGAAUCUUCAUUCCCCUAGGAGAUACAGUUUUAUUUUGUUAUCCUGAGAUUGCUGAUUGUGUCUAGACUAACUCACUUUCCUAUCUGCUUGGCUUAUUAUUAGAUCAGUCUAUAUGGUCGGCUGAGGUUAAUAUUAAGUUUUACCUAUAUCUAUAUAUAAUGCCUCCUGCAUUAUCUUAAACUGUUGCAAUAGGCUUCAUCACCAGGCAAUCAGAAAUUGCAAAGAGAGUGAAGGGGUUAUCAUCAUAAACGGGUGUAAUUUGGUCUUGAAGACCAGGGGAUUCCCUGAAUAUGAAAUGUCAGAUUCAACAAAUUCCUGACGUGAUCGAGUGUUCAUUUUAAUUUUACUAUACAUUUGUGAAAAACUAUAAGAAGACUCUGAAAUACUUGAAUCAUGAAUAAAACUAAACGAUUAUCAACUGUAGAUAUCAUCAAAAUAGCAAGAGCACAUGUCAGCAGAUUUUCUUUCCAUGACACGGUUGAUAUCUCUAUGCUUAAUGGUUUCUUCCGUGGUGUGUGCUUUGGUCUUUCAGAUAAGGAGAUCAAAAAUGUUGAGCUUGCAGUUCUUCCAUUAGCUUCUUCUGAGAAGGUUAGCGACCACCAAUUUGACCAAGCAAGCAGAAUCCUUAAACUGUGUGAAUUCUUGUCUUCAAAAAAUGGAAGUUCAGUUCAGAGAAUGGUUUACUACUUUAGCAAAGCUCUUUAAGAGAAGAUCGAUCGAGAAACUAGAGCUAAUACAUCAAAGAUAAGAGAAAGCACAAAAACAAGGCUGUUACCGUCUGAUGAAAACACUUUGUGUUUGAAACCCUCUUUAAUUAAAUGUUAUGAAAUGCUUCCUUUUGUUUAAGUUAGUGUGUUUGCAGGAAUUCAAGCAAUUGUAGAACAUUUGGCAUUCCCAAGAAAGGUUAAUUAUAUGGACCUUGCAGUUAGAACUGGGGGACAGUGAACAGCACUAAUGAAAGCUCUUGCCAUUGAAAAUGAAGUUCCACUGGAGCUUCUUAAAGUGACAGCCACAGGGACAACAGAGGAAAAGAUUAUUGACGACACAGGUAAAAGGCUAGCCUGUUUUGCUGAGUCCUUAAAUAUAACCUUCUCAUUCAAAACUGCUAUGGUGACACAAAUAAAAGAUAUCAAUGAAGACAUGUUUGAGAUAGAAGAUGGUGAAGUUGUAGCCAUCUACUCUCCGUUGGUUCUAAGUCAUUUAGUAGGACAGCCUGAUUGCUUGGAAGCUCUAAUAAGAGUUCUUAAGAACUUAAAUCCUUGUGUUAUGGUGGUAACAGAAUAUGAGGCAAAUCAGAGUUGCCCCAUUUUCAUGGAACGCUUUUCUGAAGCAUUAUCUUUUUAUGGUUCUCCGUUGGAAAACUUUGAAGCAGUAUGGAGCAGAGUGAUCAGAACAGGUUUGCUUUUGAAGCAUCAUACUUCAGUCGAGGUAUAAAAAAUCUUGUUGCAGAGGAGGAUGACAAUAGGAUGUUCGGGGACAUGAAUAUAGAUGACUGGAGAAACUGUCUAACUAAAUUUGGACUAGUUGAAACAGAGCUGGGAUCAUCGUCUUUAUAUCAGGCAGAGCCGGUUCCCAAGCAGCUUGCAUCUGGGAACUGUUGCACAUGCUAUAGGAAUGGGGACUCCCUAACUAUUAACUGGAAAGGAGCACCAAUUCUUUCUCUUUCUGCUUGGAAAUUCAAGGAACAGAAAGCUUCAAGGC